UUUGGUUUCCACACCAGAAGUCCGCAGCCUUUACAUCCGCUAACUUGACGUGGCGUCGCUGCCGCCCAGGGCAGAGAAAACCACGGCUGUUGCUCGGUUUGUUUGGUGUGGUGGACGGCUGCAUGUUUACAGCGUUUGUAGCAUUUUUAGAAGCAAACAGUCAACAACAGGGUCAGUACUCUCCGUUUUUCGCUCAGCAACACACAGGACCAUGAAUGGUAAGUCCACGAACGGCACGCUGGGAGGAAUGGCCUGCAUCGAGGGUCUUCCCCCGCUGCCGAAGAGCCUGAGCGGGCUGCUGAACUCAAGCGGCGGCUCCUGGAGAGAAAUGGAGAGGAUGUACGUGAAGAAAACCAUGAUCCAGGACGACCUGAGCCGAGGCAGGAACAACGCCGACAACCUGCUGGCCAACAAGCCGGCCAACCUGGACGCCGCUCUGGCUCUGCUGCGGAAAGAGAUGGUGGGUCUACGUCAGCAGGACAUGUCUCUGUUGUGCCAGCUGUGGUCGCUCCACGAGUCCAUCCAGGAGUACAAGGGGAGCUGCCAGGACCUGAGCGCCGCCUCCAGCCUCAGCAUGAUGGAGAAUGGCUACUUUGAUGAGGAUGACGAGUAUUACCCGGAGCCCGGUGCCACUCCCACUGGAGAACAGCCGGAUGGAGAAGUUGGAGACAGCACGGCAACAAUGGCGUCAGCCAAGAACGGGAGCAGCAGUGGCAAAGAUGACAGCUGGGACUCUUUUCACGUCACUAUCUGAGGCCUCAUUCUCAGCAUUUUCCUGCAGAUGGAUACGUGUUCUGGGGACGACAGACUGGAAUAAGCUGGUGGGAAAGCAGAGUGGCUUUAGAAAACGUUUGGCCUCCGAGAAGGGAGUGGCUGGUUAGAGAUAGCAGCCUGUGCUGUCUGGUUUUUCUUAGAGACGACAGAAGUUCCAGCUUAACUUCAUCUCGUCCUCAGGUGAAACAUUUACCUGCUUGUGCUGCAGAAUUUUUUUGUUUUUUUUUGCAGCGUGACCAGGAUUUUCAUCAAACUGCGGAGCUGAGUGGCCGGACGUUUUGACAAGUGGCUCGCUGACAUCCUGUGAAGCACUCAGGAGUUGAGCUGAAUUGUAUUCAAAGACUCCAUAUACUCGCAAUUAGGCAAUAUGUAUACUUCUUUUUAUAAAACACUCUGCUGCUGCUUCUGUAUCAUUUGGUUUAACUAGCCAGUCACUCUUUUUGGCAGAACUUUUUUUUUUCUUUUACAUAUACAAAAAUAUAUGAACAAAGUUUUAUUAUUUAUUAUAUAAUAUAAAUAACAAAAUAUUUGCUUUCCUGUUUCUUUCUAUGGAGGUUUUGUACUGUACCACUACCCAGAUACAAGGGUACAGCAUUUACACGCUGGGAAUCCAACAGAGGGAUUUCUGAAUUCUGCAGUCAGUGUUGGUGCAACAGGACGACAGACUUUGUGGACAUGUUGAUGGAGACGGUGUUGGUGUUACUUUUAAGUAGUGAAAUCAGUCAUUUAUAUAAAUUCAGAAGGUCUGAGCAAAAGUUGUCAGGCCUCAAGAAAGAAGAAAGAGGUGCAGUCCUCACACCGGUGUAAAAAUGCUUGACAGCAAGGGGUGGAUGUUGGGUAUGAGGUCUACACCUUCCUGCCUUUAGACGGAGCCGAUAAAUGCUCUGAAAAUGUGAAACGUUCAAAAUGCUGGAAACAGUUUUCGCAUGGGUGAAAAGCCUCCUAGCCCGGUGUGCUUGGCUGCAGAUAGUGUGCUUCCCCGAAGCUGCUACAGCUUCAACACGUUACACGCAACUUUGAUGUGUCACCGUUUUCUGACUUUGUGGUGUGCAGAGCUGCCUGAAUCUGGAUUAUGCAUUUAGCCUACCUGUAAUUAUGACACAUUAACUGAAUCGUGAAAGUAUGUGUCAGCUAAUUCUCACUUGGAUGUUGCUGUCGUAGUUAUGGCUGCCAAGUUCCUGUUGAUAAUAAUAACGCUGUACUCAUCAAGUUAAUUGCAGCAAUCUGGGAACAGAUCUGGCUCCCAGAUCUCAUUUAUUUCAUUGUUGAGGGCACUGUUGUCAUAAUCAAUAGAAAUGACGGAGAACAGACACUCAAGUGGUAAUAAAUAGUAAUUAUCCUUUAACAUAAUUAAAAGUAAUCAGAAAAGAACACGCUAUAAUGACUUAUUCUGCCACUUUCCACACAACCAGCUUUCAAACUUACAAGACUAUCAAAUAGACAUUGCCAAGAGUUGCUCUGAUCAACUCAUAAUUUGCACUUGCUGUUUGGAAUGUUGGGUUAUUUAUCACAUUUAUGGGACGUUUACGUGCAUAAAUCUGAUUGUGUUUUGAAGGCGAUGAGUGACAAACAAGUAGUUUUGUUCAAAAUAAUUUCUGAACCAGAAACAGGUUGGCUUCUCUGGUCACUGUGGCCUUCAAGUAUUGCUAGCAGUGUAAAUAAACAGCUGUAGCUCUAAACCUAGUAGCAGCUAUCAAGUGAAUACAGGGUACUUUAUAUGUAUCCUGCAUCGAGAUCUGAACUGAUCUCGUCUUUGCAGCAUAUCUAGAUCUAUACUACAUGCCUGGAGAUACUGGCUGAGGCCAUCGGAUCAGUGAAGACGUCUCAGAGGGAUGUAAUGCGUCUUUUACCAGUGUUUCUACAUUUUUAUAUACAGUCUAGGAGUCAUUUAACGAUCUUAACUUCAUCGUAAAGCUGUAGCAGAUGGGAAGCUUCCAUUACAAGACAAUGCUGGUCACUAACAAGAUUGUAGAAGAGGAAAACUUGCCUUCAGUGUAUGCUGGUCAGCAAGAUAGAAACAAACACCGUAGAGUGCGCUGAAUUAAUGCCGUUUUUGUCGGAACAAAGCACAAAAGCAGCCUUGUUUCAGACUUUGAGGUGUGCUUGCUCUUCAGCGGGCGAUAGCACUUUUAUGUGCAUAUCUUCAUACUGCUACUACACAUUGGAAUAGUCUCCCCUGUCUUCCUUAAACACUGCAGUGAAGCUCUCAGCUGAACCAGUAGCAUCACAGCUCAGUACACAGAAGUACAACAUUUCUUUACCCAGCAUCGCUUUGAGAAUAGCUUUUCCGGAAACGUCUUCAUGUUGUGUCUGUAUGGACGAUUUGAUGUCAUCUUUGUGUUGAUUGGUCCACUAUUUGAUCACAAACCAAAGAAAGUGCAGCACUCAACAUUGUAUUUGGUUAAAGGUGCUGAAGUAGAAAGUGUCCCAACAAACUGCUCCUGAAUGGUUACAUUUUAUUGAAAGGUAUUGUGAUAUCUUAAAGAAUGUCUAUAACAGUUAUUUUGCAGCUGAUGAAUGGAGGACAGUUACUCUCAACAUGUUAUCUGUCCUGCAGGGAGUUCCUUAUUUUUCAAAUAAGAACUGCUUCACUCAAAGAAAUGCCAUUUUUUUUCAGUUGAUUGACAGAAAAUGUUUGAUUUCUGCUUACAUAGGUGUUGUGGAAUUGUUGUCACCGACUGAGGAAAGUGUAAAAAUAUUCACUUUUUGUUUUCUACAUGUGUGAUGUGUAAAAGUCAAAUGUGUGACUGCAGCAGUUAAAUGUCACACAAGACUUUCAAGGAGUUUAGCAGUUUGACAUAAAAUGAAAUAUCAAGUAUUACUCCUUUCCCUCUGUUGUAAUCAAACUACUUUGUCAGGUUUUAGUCUCACGAGCACCUUUGUCCAAAUCAAGGGGCAUAAUUACAGUUUGACUGUUAAAGGAACAGUUUAACAUUUUGGGAAAUAUGCCGAAAACAGCCGAAACAGCUCACCUCGCACAGUAACAAAAUCCACCUGCAUCUCCUCUGAAGAUGAGCUGAUCUUCUUUGUUUGAGCCAUACAAAAAGUGUGAAUCUAGUUUUACGCGGGGGGUUUUGUCAGACUUGCAGAAAAAUGUACCCAAACUAUCAAACUAUUCUGUUACCAGUUUGAUUCUAUCUCACUGUUUGUCCGAUUCUUCUGAUCUGAGUUGGGAAUAACUGUAUGAGGUUUUCUGCCUCUUAUUUCUCACUGUUAAUCUUAAAACUUUGCCUGUUCAUUUCAAUAUUGCCACUGCACAUUCCUAACUAGAAGCAGAACACUAAUAAGAGGCGUCAGCAUUUGUUUUGGACUGAAUGUUUGCUCCCUGUUAUUUGUUAGGGAUCCACAGUUAGUGACACUUAACAUUGCGUCUGUAUCUUAAACUUGGAUUCUAAUUCUGCUAGCUUUUAAAGUCAGAUUACUCAUUUAGGGUCUGCUAAAACCAGCUGCUUUGUUGCUGCAACUUGAUCUUGAAGCACAUUCAAUCAAACAAGACAAUUGACACAUUUCAAAUCAUGACCCUAUAAGAUUUUCAUUGGAUGUCUACACAAUUAGUGCCUUUGUAAACCUGCAGGUCUUGGACCUGUGGCUUGCUGUUCAGAUGGGGAUGAGAAUAUCCAAAUGAUUUCAACUGCUUGACAUGCACUUGGUUUUUAGGGCUGCUACAUGUCGAAUGUCAGACUAAGUGACUAAAGCAACCUCGUAAAUCCUUCACUGAAGGUGUACUACAUUACUACGUAGAUGACUUAAUGCUUGGCUGACCAAAUGGGACAAACCUAUGUUAUUGUUCUCCAACCACUAAUCCAGAAAAUCCCAGAAUGAGCCUAUUAAAACCUGUGCUGAGAAAUGUGGCUAAACAUGUUUGUUGGAUGAAAACUUCAGUUCGCUUUGGUCUUUUCCAGUCUUUCGUCACUUCAUUUUUUCAGACUUCUGUCGAAGGCUUGUCUGACAUAUUAUAGACACGGAUGCAGCUGUUUGGAGUGGUGUAUUUUUGACGCUUCCGCCCUCUGAAAUUUGAGUUGCUUCAUCCAAAGCGCUGCAGCUCUCUUCCUGUCUUGACUGAUGCUUUCCAGAAACUGGAGACAUCAAGCAAGGACCGCAGUGCUUUAUUCUGUCAAGAUCGAUUUGAAUCUACACGUAGCAGCUUUAACUUCCAAAGAUGAUAACAGCCUUAAAAUCAGUCGUGUCAUUCAGCAAAUUACGCCACAUGGUGCACUCCUUGCUUAUAAAUUUGCACUUGUGUUUGGCUGUUCUGUGUUAAAUCCCCCGAAACUAUGACUACCUGAUCCUCUUUGAGUUGGUCUGUAGCAAACAGGCACAUGGUGCUCCUUGUACAGCAACACUACAAAUCCAGCACAAAAGAACAAAAAAAAAAAAAAAAAAGGAGCUUCAAAUGGAACACCAGCAAAUUGCAACCAAUAAUGUAAUAUUACAGUGUGUGUUUCCGACGUCUACAACCUAAAAUAUUCCCCCUUUUUUAUUGUGAUUAUGGAUCGUGGAUGUGUCAUCUCAGGGCAAACUUGUGGCAAAAAGUCUUUUCCGUUGUUGGCUCCUGACAAAGUAACGUGUUCUACCUACAACAUGGCUUUAAUGUGACUGUUUUGUUACAUAUUGAAGAUCUGGCCAAAUGUAAAUAAUGUGACAUUAAACUCACAUACAAUGAAUUCUGAUGAAAACGUCAACGUGAAAAUGUUUCAGUGCGAGCCUCAUAGUCAAAGAGUUUGUCUUUAGACUUGCUGUUUUGCACCAACUUUGAACAAUCACAUGGACUAAUCGACUGUACAGAGGAGGUUCAAAGAGAGCUAGUGGCCUCAGUAAACCAGAAUUCAAUGCAACCACAAAAGUUUGAUGUGGGGGAAAUUGCUGUCACCACAAUCAUGCGUCAUGUUUUACACAUUGGGCUGUUAAAAAGCCUUGUGGAAACUCUACGGACAGUUGCGACACUUGAAGGCAGAAUAAUCUGAUCAGAGAUUGAUGAUAUUGAAUAAAAGAGGGAAAAAUUAUUGUUUUAUUCCUGCAACAUGCUGGUCUUUGUCUCCCUGAAAAUGUGUAAAAUGUAUGUUCUUCUGCAACUUGAUCUUUUCUGGGUUUUAGGAUGUGAAUGAGCCAAGAAAAACACAAGAAAGCCUUACAGGUAUCAAAUAUAUCAGCUCAUUUUUACUGCUUCUUACUAUCGACGCACUAAAUAGCUAAUAUUUAUCAAUCGCUUUGAGUCUGUUGAUGGUAAGUUAAUGAGAAACCAGACGUGUGACUUCAUGAAAUUUCCUUCUUACUUGUACUUUAUAUCACUCAUCAUAAUCUUUCUUGAACUGUAGUGGAAAUAAAGGUGUUGAUGUAUUUUGUGUUGCAUAGAUAAGCGAUCUGUGGAGAACAUGUGAAGGCGUGUUGCUGCCAUCCAUCAUUCCUCCUGUUCUUGAAUCCAUCGAUGACCAUACUACUGUUUGUCUGGACGAUAUAGUCUCAAUGCUCUCCUGUCAUAGUUACUAUACUGAAUUUAAUAAAGUGAUUCCAUACUUUUCA